UGCCUCGUCGUGUAGCUCGCUCUCACAGUAGCCCUAAUAAAAAGAAAGAGCCCCCUUCAUUCGAUAACAACUUUGCUUCUCUUCCUUUCUCGUUUCUGAUCCGUAACCCUAAAUUAUCCACAACCGCCGCAUCAUCAGAUCCUUCUCCUUCCAUCCGUCGACACUCCCAGCUGAAAUCGCCGAAUUCCGUUUCUGGGUUCUUAUAAAAAUCAAUCCUUUUUAUCUGUUACUAUCUGAAUCCGUGGUUGUUGUGAGAUAAGAUGGUCGGUGGUGGAAACAGGAGAGACGAAGGAUCGAUGCCGAUUCAGAACACAAACUUGUUCGCCGCUUUGGAUACUCGGAGGAAGAAGAAGAAGUCGUCGUCCGACAAGAGCAAAGGACGUCAAGAUCCGGUGAAGGAGGAGCCUGAGCCGCAGGUCUUCUGGUCUCCUACGCCUCUCAAAGCCAAGGCUUGGGCGGAUAUCGACAGCGACGAUGAAGAUGAUGACUAUUUCGCCACCACUGCUCCUCCCAAGGCCCUUUGGAGUGCCUCUGAAGCGUCCCGUUCCGAUGCGAAAGAGGUUCAAGUUGAGGAAAGUGAGAGUGAAGAAGACAUUCUUGACGAAGGUGAUGAAGAUGAUGAUGAUUUGGAGGAGGAGCAUGAGACGCAAGUUCAUCCAGAAGCAGAGCCUGAAGUGAAGAAGGCUCCUGAAGUUCCUGCACCACCCAAGGAGCCAGAGAGGCAGCUUUCCAAGAAAGAGCUGAAACAGAAGGAACUUGCUGAGUUUGAGGCUUUGCUAGCAGAUUUUGGAAUUGCACCCAAGGAGAAUAAUGGCGGCCAAGAUAACUCUCAAGAUAAGCAAGAGAAGAAGGAAGCCAAUGGAGAGGGAGAGAAGAAGGAGAACGCGGGCGGGGAAUCAAAGGCCUCCAAGAAAAAGAAAAAGAAGAAUAAACAGAAGGAGGUAAAAGAAUCUCAGGAUGAAGUGAAGAGCAACUCAGAUGCUGCUGCUGCAGGUGAGUCCGUUGAGCAAGGGGAGGAGGAAGAGGCUUCUUCAUCCAUGGAUAUCAAAGAACGGCUAAAGAAGUUGGCAUCGAUGAAGAAGAAGAAAUCAAGCAAAGAGACGGAUGCUGGUGCAAAAGUUGCGGCACAAGAAGCAGCUGCGAGGAAGGCAAAGCUGGCCGCGGAAAAGAAGAAGAAAGAGAAGAGUCACUACAAUCAGCAGCCAGUGAGGUGAAACCAAUCACCCACUCGUUUUGAUGAUAUGAACAUGUGUGUUCUUCCUUCCCUCCUUUUUGCAGGGAAUGUGGUUGGGUCAGUACUUUUAGAGAUGUGACUUUUUGAUCUUUUGAAUUAUGCUGAAUACAAUGCGAGACAUAGACAAGAUAAAAGCUUUCUCUUUGAAUUUCUC